CACCCUGUCAAUCCUAUGGAUACGAAGUUACUAAUAGGCUUCUACAACAUCACACGUUACUUCUCAGCACUGUAGCCGGGCCUACAACAAAGUAAAAAUGAUGUCAGUGGAUCAUUGUUUAAAGGGAUUACAAUCAAAGGGAAUCCGUUCGUCUUGUUCUUUUUUUAAUUCUGGUAUCCCAACUUCUUUACAAAAAACCAUCCCUUUAGUGUCCGGAGUUUAGAUCUCCGGAAUGGAGACAGAGAGACAAGGGCUCAGGGUUUGGCAGGAGACAAUGGAAUGAGUGGCACGCGGCAGCUUUGGAAUUACAAGAACGCGCGUGAACGGAGUCGUGGGAACGUACCUGUAGCCAUGGCCCUAAUAACACGUCUUAUCACUUCCGCUUGACAUGUAAAUACAAAUGCGUUGGGUUUCCAAACCGUUAGGUGACUCAGCAGUGGACCUUUAAAUUCUGAGCAGCUCCUUUUAUUGGGUGCAAUUCAAUAUGCUGAAAAACUGAUAUUUGUGUGAAAUAAUGUCUGACAACACGUUAUGUAGGAUGGAUAUCGUUUUUUUCUUCUUUUCACACACUGGAAACACAAUUUUACUAAAUAAAAUGUUAAUUAUCAGUGGAAGCAAAAAGGCUGCAACUGUUUGGAGACAUAUUAUGCAAAUGUCAGCAAAUCAAGACUUCAAAUAUGAUAUACCAGAUAAAUAAAAUAUAUUUAAUAAAUUAAAUGAAUAAAAAAUGUAAAAUAGCAUAUUUUAUUGACUGUUAUGGUGUGCUCGUUGUUCAACGGUUUAUUUUCCCUGAGUAAAUCCUCUCGUUGUUAUCGCGAGGAACUGAAGCUCAGUGGGUGAAGUGAAGCGCGAGAGGUUUUACGUCGACGUUUCUAGGAUGCGAUAAAAAAACAACGAACGUUUGCGGGCUCGUGCGCCUUACAACUGAAACACAGCAUUAAUGACCGCCUUCUAGCCUAGGAAUUUAAAAUCAACGGCUUCCAUUCGCUCCUCAUCUGUGGGGAAUGGCAUUCUGUCUUCAGCAGCUGGACAGCUCCAUGUCCUGAACCUAAAUUAUUUUCAUCAUUAUUAUUAUUAUUAUUAUUGUGCACAUGGAGUCCCUCGUGCUAUGUGGGGGAUGCCCUGUCAGCACGCGCACGUUGAGCGUUACGCCAUCGAGCUUUUGAAGCGGCAUCGCAAUCCAUAUAAUUCAAUGAUAGCUAAUCUCACACCAUAAAGUAUGGUGCUCUUAGCCUGCGAUAGCCGUCUCCUUCUGUGUUUACGGAGCAGCAGCGUCGCAGCCUACACGCCAGAGACGGAGAGAGCUAGCCGUGUGCACAGUGGUCCUCGGCCGGGGAGACAUGACCAUCAUCACUGCGAGGGCAAAGGAGUCACGACCACACCACCAUGUAGAGCUGACAAGGAAAGGUAGGAGCCAAGGCCCUCCUGUGGUUACAAGCAGCGGAAAAAAGAACCUGUGCUCGUUGUGUGGAGACCAUCCUAUUCAGCGCUUUAUCAGGACUUCAUCAACAUGAGCAACCCUCAGGCUGCUCCCCAGGCCGGGGCCUCAGAGCUGGAGGUGAUCUCCCAGCAGGUGGAGGAGGACAACCAAGCUGGGGCCCCCAUCCAGCUGGUCAGCUUCACCUACAGAGACCUGCCUCUGGCCGCCCUGGACGUCUCGCUGGCCGGGUCCCAGCUCAUCUCAAACCCAGACGAAGAGGAUAACCGAGAUGGGUCCAACUGGCUGAAGCCCUGCUGCGGCCGCAGGGCGGCGCUGUGGCAGGUGUGCCUGCUGUCCCCGGGGUUCAACUGCUUCCUGGUGGCCUGCGUGGUGCUGGUGGUGGUGCUGCUCACCCUGGAGCUGCUCAUAGACACCAAGCUGCUGCAGUUCAACAAUGCGUUCCAGUUUGCCAGUAUCAUCCACUGGAUCAGCCUGGCCAUUCUUUCAGUGUUCUUCACUGAGACGGUGUUCCGGAUCGUGGUGUUGGGGAUAUGGGAUUACAUCGAGAACAAAGUGGAGGUGUUUGACGGGGCGGUGAUCGUCCUCUCCCUGGCCCCCAUGGUGGCCUCCACGGUGGCCAACGGCCCCAGCAGCCCCUGGGACGCCAUCGGCCUCAUCAUCACCCUGCGCAUCUGGAGGGCCAAGAGGAUCAUCGACGCCUUCGUCCUGCAGGUGAAGGUGGAGAUGGAGCUGGAGGUGCAGCAGUACGAGAAGGCCAAGGCGGUACGAGAGGAGCAGCUGGACCGCCUCACCCAGAUCUGUCAGGAGCAGGCGUUUGAGAUCAGGCAGCUGCGGGCCCAUCUGGCCCAGCAGGACCUGGACCUGGCCGCCGAGCGGGACGCCGCCAUGCAGCUGCACCACGUGUGGAACAAACCCAACAGCACCUUCCAGGAGGUGGACGGCCUGCAGGCCCCGGGGCCCUCAGAGCCCCGCCGGCAGGCCCACCCCCGGGGGCCCAGCGGAGCCGCAGACCACAUCGUUCAGGACGACAUGAACAACUACAUCAGCCAGUACUACAGCGAGCCCAGCAGCGACAUGGGGAUCCCCGACCCGGCGCGGGUCAUCACCACGGCCGCCAUCGACGUGCACCUGCCCAACAACCCCAGCCAGAUGCCCUCGUCCCUGGUGAGCGCCGACGGCCUGCCCUCCGCCUGCCACCUGCAGCGCACCAGCAGCUGCGUGAGCGACGCGUCCGCCGCCACCUUCUCCAGCUUCAGCGGGCGCCACCACAGCCUGAGCAGCCACACGCUGGGCGGCUCCGUCACCGACUGCAGCUCCACGGUGCGCGAGGCCUCCACCUCCACCGACGACUACAGCGGCCAGCGCUGCUACCCGCCGCCCUACAGCAGCCCCCUGGCGCUGGGCCCCGACCCCGCGCCGCCCAGGGGCCCCGCCAACGUGGCCACGGUGCAGGAGCUGCUGUCCUCGCUGUCGGACACCUCCAGCAUGGCGCCCAAGGGCCUGGACCCCGUCAACCUGAAGCCGCCCAGCCCCGCGGGCUCGGGCCUGACCAGCCCGGAGCUGGAGCACCGGCUGAACCUGUACAACAAGAGGAACCAGGAGCUGCGGCCCGCCUUCUGCACCAAGCCCCUCAUCCACCUGCAGAGCAGCGAGCCGCUGCUGGAGGAGAAGUACCGCAUGAUGGAGCAGGGCGACGGCCCCAUCGGCCGGCUGGCCGAGGCGUAGGUCAGGGCACGGAGGGGGGAGGAGCUAGGGGGACCCGACUCACUCAUGGGACAUUGAAGAAUCGUUACUGGACUAACCCCGUUACUGUUGCAGAGGGGGUGUUGAUCCGAAUAGGGUGUCAUUCUUCCUGCUGUUAUGAAGGACCUUCUCCAUUCGGUGGUUGAGACUCACUGGACGUCCUCGUCCGAACAGCACAACAGCAGGGCACAGCCCAACAAACCCGGUUUGAUUAAAGUUAAGAGUACAGGGAUUUACACGCGACUGUUGUGAACUUGUUACUCAAAGAAACCAGCAAUUGGGUUUUCAUCCCUAAACGGUGUGGACGUCGGACUGGGCCAGAGACGUUCCCCAGUGCAUCCUUUCAGGGACCGGAGACAUGGACUCAUGAGAUCAUGUCCGCUCGCUCUAUAACUGGUCAGCCCUCGCUAAAGACGCGUCCUCUUCGAUGCUAGCGCUGCAGGGUAGAUUUGACUACCUUGAGCUAAGAUUUAAACAUCUUUUCUUACGUCUUUCUAUAUUACAACGCUAACCUUUGUAACUCGAACAUAUUGGUUUAAAAAAGACAAAUAUGACAGAAAAAUAAUUAGAAUACAGAUUGAAGUGAUUGAGAUAAGGAUCCAGUUAGGUGGCGUGAAGACUGAGAGCCCAGAUGAGACAGAAGAUAAUCUUUGCUUGUUUGUUUCAUAUCAACUGAAAAGCCUAAUUUGUUCUUAAGCGGUACCUACCCUAACAAACUCAUCUCAUGAUCGUUCUCCCAUUCCUGCGGUCCGACUCGUUUUAAACUGUAAAUACCUCCAGCCGACCGUCUCCACCACAGCGUCAUCAUACAUGCCAUGGCUUGAUAGAAGAGUGUUAAACUGUCACGCAGAGGGCAACAUAUUAUAGCAUGAACUUUUGAGAUUUGCUUUUAGAUAUUGCGAACCUAAUCCUGUUUAUUGUAAAAGACCACAGGCAUUUUGUAUCAUUAUCAUGGAGAGGAACCACUGCGGCCGGAUACUGAAUUAAAUGAAAACAUGGCAAGUCA